UGGAACAGAACUCAUCCCGAGCGGUGAAGUGAGUUUGAAACGGGACGUCCGACGGUCAAACUGUGGAUGCUGGAGCACGGGAAUGACUUGCACGCCCUCCUCAGACAUUCAGCGAUUUCACUUGACACGGGUUUAGAAAUUCGGGCGUAACAAAAAAAAAAAAAAAGGGUCCGUGGAAUAACUGAAGCUCUCAGGACAUCUACCGCGCGUCAGGAUGCUCGGGACAGGACGCCGUUUCACUCUGACAACGCUGGCGGUUGCCGCGCUGCUGGCCUGCGUGUUGUCCUUCAACGUGGACCAGAAGAAUGGCUUGUCGUUCGACGGGCCGCUGGAGGACAUGUUCGGCUACACCGUGCAGCAGUUUGAGAACAGCGAGGGGAAAUGGGUUCUGAUUGGGUCGCCGCUGUCGGGUCAGCCGGCCAGACGGACAGGAGACGUCUACAAGUGUCCUGUUGGGAGGGAGAACAACAAGUGUGUCAAACUGGAGCUGCCCAAAAACACAACAGUCCCGGACUUAGACGAAGUCAAGGAGAACAUGACCAUGGGAACCACACUGGUGACCAAUCCCAGCGGAGGCUUUCUGGCCUGUGGUCCUCAGUACGGCUACAUGUGCGGACAGCAGCAGUAUAUCUCUGGAGUCUGCGCGAAUGUCAGCUCUUCCUUCCAGGUCCUUAACUCCAUGGCACCGGGCGUGCAAGAGUGUGCGAAGGAGCUGGACAUUGUGAUCGUCCUGGAUGGAUCCAACAGCAUCUACCCCUGGAGCAGCAUCGUGGACUUCCUGCAGCGCUUCAUCGCGAAGAUUAACAUCGGGCCUAAACUCUCACAGGUGGGCAUCGUGUCCUACGGUCUGGAUGUGACUCACCGUGUCAAUCUGAGCCAGUUCACCAACACUCAAGACCUGCUGAACUUCGUCAGAGACCUUCCUCAGCAGACCGGCUUCAAGACCAUGACAUUCCUGGGCAUUGACACUGCCAGGAAAGAGGCCUUCAUGCCGGAGCGUGGUGCGCGACCCGGGGCGAAGAAAGUCAUGGUGACUGUGACCGAUGGAGAGUCACACGACUCCCACAAUCAGAAACAGGUCAUCGAAGACUGUGAAAAAGAUGGCAUCGAGAGGUUUGGCAUUGCUGUUUUAGGAGACUACAAUCGUCAGAACAAAAGUGCACAAGAAGUGCAAAAGUUCAUCAACGAGAUUGAGUCCAUCUCCAGCGAGCCGCUACACGAUCACUUCUUCAACGUGUCCGAUGAGGUGGCCUUGCUGACCAUUGUGGACACUUUGGGAAGCAAGAUUUUUGCCUUGGAAGCUACGACUGGCAAUUCCACCUCCUCCUUUGAGAUGGAGAUGUCCCAGGCUGGCUUUAGUGCACACACCUCCAAAGAAGCUGUGUUACUGGGAGCAGUGGGAGCGUAUGACUGGAACGGGACCGUGGUGAUGCACUCUGCCGGAGAAACGAUAGUUCCAGGGAGGACCGAGUUCUACGGCCCAAACACUGAGGCCGCGUAUGAACGUCUUGCUGGCUAUAUCGGCUACGAUGUCCAGUCAGCAUCCACCCCUGAUGGAGAGCUGUACAUCACAGGUGCGCCGCGGUACAACCACACAGGCCGGGUCUUUAUUUAUCGCCUGAACAAUGAAAACAAAAUUGUCAUCUCACAGAGUCUGAAAGGAGAACAGAUUGGGUCCUACUUUGGCAGCGUCCUGCAGACCGUCGACGUGGAUGGCGACUCCUACACGGAUAUCCUCUUGGUCGGAGCGCCGAUGUACAUGGGCACAGAAAGAAAUGAGCAGGGACAAGUCUACGUGUACAAAAUCAACCAGGAUGGCCAGUUUGAGCACGAGUUCACUUUAAAGCCUGUCAAUCAGUCCUGUUGUACUGCCCACUCAGACAGCUGCACCAAUAAAAACGAACCAUGCGGUGCCCGGUUUGGUACAGCCAUCGCAGCCAUAACAGAUCUCAACCUUGACGGGUACAACGAUGUAGCGAUCGGUGCUCCUUUUGAGAACGACCACCGCGGGGCCGUCUACAUCUAUCAUGGUGAUAAGAACUCACUGAAGGAGAAAUAUGUACAGCGCAUCCCUGCAGGUGGGGAUGGUGAGAAGGUGAAAUUCUUCGGUCAGUCCAUACAUGGAGUCAUGGAUCUGAAUGGAGAUGGAAUCACCGAUGUGACCAUAGGCGGUCUGGGAGGGGCUUCGCUAUUCUGGUCCAGAGAUGUUGCCGAGCUCCAUGCCAACAUGACGUUCAACCCUGUUAAAAUCAACAUGCAGCAGUCUCAGUGUGAGCAUAACGGACGCAAAUCAGUGUGUGUGACAGCUGAGGUGUGUUUCGCCUACAGCAUCAAAGCUGACAAGCCGGACUUAAAUAACACAGAGAUUCGCUACGAUCUGACUCUGGACGCUCUGCGUGCAAAAGCCAGGGCCUCAUUCAUAAACAUGGAUGAUAAAAGCGAUCGUAGGAUUACCAGGACCUUCGCCAUCAAAGACAGAGAGAGAAAAUGCUUGAUAGAAACCUUCAUGAUGGUGGCCCGGCCCGACUUCCGAGACCCUCUCAUGGUGUCUCUGGAGUUUGGACUGGCUGAGCAGGACAAAGGCCCUGUCUUGGAUGAAAGCCUCCCCAGAUCCAUCAAUAAGACGAUUCCCUUGGUGGACUGUGGAAGCGAUGAGAAGUGCAUCGCUGACCUCUCUCUCAAAGCAGAGCCCAGUGUGAAAAGGAUGCUGAUCAAAACACAAAAAGACAAGAUUGAAGUGAACAUCAACAUCAGAAACAGCAAAGACAACGCGUACAACACGAAAGUCACCCUCAGCUUCACGCCCAACAUCAACUAUAAGAAAGUAGAGCCGGAGAAGGACUGCAGUCUGAAUCACACCACGGUGGAGUGUGCCGUUGGAUACCCCUUCUUAGGAAAAAAUUUAGAGGAAACUUUCAGAGUCAUAUUUGAGGUCAGUCCUCAAUUUAUUCAGGAGGUGAUUCAGAUCAACGUGACGGCUACCAGUGACAGUGAAGAGUUGAUGUCCACCCUCCAUGACAACUUUGUGCAAAUCUCCAUCCCUGUGAAGUAUGAAGCCGGACUCAUAUUCUCUGUACAACCUCAGGACGAACAUGUUGAAGUAAGAGAGGGUGAAACUUAUUCCAGUGAGUUCAAUGACACCAAGAUGAUUGGAGAGGAGGUCAGCAUCACCUACAAGGUGAUAAAGUCAGGUGAAAUGGCGAUUCCUCCCAUUGACCUCACAGUGAUGUAUCCACGUCUGUCUCCUCGGAAUAACGACUUACUGUACCUGACAAAUGUCGCCACCAGCCCAGGGGUGAACUGUGACGCAUCAAGUUUGAUCAACCCUCAUCAAAUUAACCCAAAAGUUUACCAUCCCAAUCCAAAGAAAGAAACACUUAGUAUCUUCCUACUGAAGUGUGAAAACCUCGCAUGCACAUCGUUUACCUGCUCCAUCCCCGACGCUGCAGACAGUCAGGUCAACGUCACAUUCAGAGUGUGGAAGCCGACGUUCAUCAAGGGCGAUUUUACCAGCCUGCACAUGCUGGUGAAUGGCACCCUUACGAUCAAAAACACAGACCUGUUUCAACUGAACAGCAGUGACAAGACCAGAAUCGUGAAGAUCCAGGUUUCGAAGGAGACCUUAGGAGGGAUCCCUAUUUGGAUCAUCAUCAUCAGCAUCCUGAUAGGACUGCUGAUAUUAGCACUCGUCAUCUUCGCUCUCUGGAAGAUGGGCUUCUUCAAGAGAAAAUCCAGGGACUACUCAAAGGAGGAAAUGAUGGACUGAGGCGGCCAGACAAUCCAGCAGCAAGCAGCAGAACGGCCGACUGCUCCCAGCGCCAUCAGCUCGCGCGGAGCGACAGGCAGACUUUUAAACAGACAGUCGCACAGAUGGAAGAAAAAAAAACGCCAUAAGACCCACAGACACCUCAGCGCUACGAAACAGCGACGACCUGGAAAACACAGUUACUUUUCACUGGACCUGGGUCACAUGUUUGCAAAUACUUCCCAGCUUUUGUCCUUUUCGUGCUUUCCGCAACUCAGAUAUCCUCAGCACUGACUGUAAACCUUUUGUGAAGUAUUUGCAAAUACUAUUUGUUCUAGAUCAGCUUCUUUUUAUGCAGAUAUAACAGAGUAUUUGAUCAAGCAGUUCGAGGAGGAGUGGCAGGAGGAAGAAACCAUCACUUACCGGGCAUCUGUUGGCAAAGUAGCAUUUAUCUGUAUUACAUAAGGCAGUUUUAUAAAACCUUCAGAGCUACAAUAGGUGCAAUUAGCUUUAGAUGUAAAAAAAAAAAGAAAAAAAAGAAAAAGUACUCAGGUGUUUCAGUAUGAAGAUCUAAGCCAUGUCACAUACUUUCUAUGUCACAGCAACAAUGUUCAAAGGUCUACUCGCUACAAUAUGUGAACUUUAGCAGUCUGUCUGGUAGCUUGGACUCGAUUAGUUUUAUGACACUGUACCUUUUAGCAUUUUAUAGCAUUUUGCUUGUUUUUUUUUGUUGUUGUUGUUGAAGUUUAACAAAUGUAACAUGGCACAUUUCUAAACGUUAGUGCUAACGACACUGACCUGAACACGAGAUAUAUUGUAAGCAAA